AUGGGUUCCAACAAUUCUAAACCCGCGCAAGCAAAUGAACAUGUCUUCACCGCUGAAACCCCCGUCCGUUUCUCUCCCGAACUCCUCCAAUCACUCGAAGACUCUCCCGAAUCCGACACGACGCGCUCCCUCUCCCAAGACCUCAUAGUCCAACAACGCGUCCACUCCGAGCUCACCCGCCUUUCAGACGAAACAGUCCAAAAAUUGAAAGACCUGCUAGAAUCACUUUCCGAAUCCCCUCCUCCCGUCGCGCCUACCCCUCCGACCGUUGAAGGUGGAGAAGGGGCAGACGCUCUUGCAAUCACAGCGAAGCGACAAAUGAAAGAGGAUGACUUGAGCAGAGAGAAAGUACAGGCAGAGAUUGAAAAUCUGAAAAAGAAAUUAGGGGCAAGGAGGCUGAGGGAAGAGGGAGUCAGGGGUGGUGGUGAAGAUGGAGGUGAAAAUGGAGGCAAAGGGGUGGAAAGAGCGAAGAAGGAAUUGGUACAGUGCUUAAGGGUAAAUGACCGGAGACCAUUGGAUUGUUGGAAGGAGGUCGAUCAGUUCAAGAAGGAGGUCGGGAUAUUAGAGGGGAGAUUCUUAAGGGCUGUUGGAGAAUAA